UGUACAAGGAUCUACAUGAUUUAAACUACACGGUGUUUGCUUUGCUCUCUUUUAGGGUCAGUGAUAGUAGGAUGUGUAUACAAGGAUCUACAUGAUUUACUCCAAGCCAAGUCUUACAAAAUAAGGCAUGUGCAAACUAGGAUUAUGAUGGCAGCUAUGGAUCCCAAACCUGCAAAGUUACAAGAAAACGUAAUUUUGACGUUCAAGAACCUGAAGAAUGAUACAAGAGAGAAGCAUUGCAUGUCCUGGAGUGGCCUCAGCAAAAGUCAAGACGGAUUUUCGAAAGAUGGAUGUCAUGUAGUUACAUCCCUAAGCAACACAGAAGAAACAGUCUGCAGCUGCAAUCAUUUGACUCAUUUUGGUGUCUUAGUCGAUUAUAGUGGUGCCAGUGUGGUAUUACGUUUUUCAAUAUUGCUUUAAGCAUUGCUCAUAUGUUCGCUAAGUAGAUAAAGAUGUUAUUCCCUCUGUUUCUGAUUUGUUACACAGCUGUCUGAGAAGUAC